CGCAUCAUCAGCAUUGAUCAUAUCGAUUCCCCUCAAGCAUCCUCACACGACACAGAGCUCACAGGCAACAGCAGCGUUAUAUUUAAAUCUGUGAGUGUAUAAAAAACAAACAGUAUGACCAUUAGAAACGCUCUCCGGGAUCAUGGACAGAGGUACCGACCUCGGAUGGCUUGUCUCAAAAAGGCAGAAAUGAUACUGCUGGAGAUGCAGGACCCCAACACAGGCGUCAGGUCACAGCCUCAGAGACUUGUUAUCACAACUAUACCACAUGCCAUCACUGGUGAAGAUAUAGUUACAUGGCUUGCAGACAGAUUACAAAUAGAUGUACAAGAAGCCAGAAGUUUUGGCUCCAUGCUGGUGGCGUUAGGAUACAUCUACCCUUUACAAGACCACAAACGACUAGUGAUCAAACCUGACACAUCCCUAUAUCGCUUUCAGACACCAUAUUUUUGGCCCACACAGCAGUGGCCUGUUGAGGAUACAGAUUAUGCAAUCUACCUAGCAAAACGAAACAUCCGUAAGAAGGGACUCCUGGAGUUGCAUGAGCAGGAGCAGUACAACCGUCUUCACAAGUGGAUGAAUCACAAGUGGGAUUUUAUUGUGAUGCAAGCUAAAGAGCAGUACAGAGCUGCAAAAGAGAGGAAGAAACCAGACCGUGUGGUGUUUGACUGUCAAGAGAGAGCCUACUGGGUGGUUCACAGACCUCCGCCAGGGACAGUAAGUGCCAUGGACUACGGUCUGGAUCGAAGAACAGAUCCUAACGCAGAUGAGACGCAAACGUCUGACUACUAUGAGAGAAUUAUGAUCUUCACCCAGCAGGCCAUCAUGAGGCCCAGAGUCAAGUCUUCUGUGUCCAUUGGCGCACUGGUGAAACACUGUGCCACGUAUAUUGGUCAUGACCCUUUCCUCUCAGCGUGUCUUCCCAGCAACCCCUGGCUAACGGAUGAUACCACGUACUGGAAUCUGAACAUGUCCAAUGUGGAAACACCUACUAAGAUGCGGGUGGAGAGGUGGACGUUCAGCUUUAAAGAGCUGCUCUCAGACCCUCGAGGACGAGAUGACUUCAGACUCUUCCUGAAGAAAGAGUUCAGCGGCGAGAACUUGGCUUUCUGGGAAGGUUGUGAGGAUUUGAAGUGGGGAACCGCUGCUACAAUGAAGGAGAAAGCAGAGCAGAUCUACAAGACUUUUCUGGCCCGUGGUGCUCCACGAUGGAUCAACAUAGAUGGGAAAACGAUGGAAGUCACCAUGAAGGGCCUAAAACACCCACAUAGAUAUGUUCUGGAUGCGGCACAAACUCACAUCUACAUGCUAAUGAAGAAGGAUUCAUAUGGUCGGUACCUGAAGUCUCCAGUCUUUAAGGACACCGUGAAGAAGGCCAUCAGACCUGAAGAGCACAAAUUCAAUGAUGCCCAGUUGGAGCAGAACGCCAGGAACAGACGUCCCAGUCUCAGCCCCAUCAUCCUCCGGCAGCAGGAGCAGGAACUAAGGGCCAAGAUGGCCGCCAACGCUCCCGUUGACAUCACACAGGUCAUGAGCAAACUCAGCAAGCAGGGGAAGGACGUCCCCCCUCGUCCUGUUAAUAAAUGAACACAAAGUCAACUAGGAUCAGGAUUAGCCUUUAAUGUUUAGUAAUAACAGGGUAUUAAUAUUUUAGUUUGAAAUGAAAUAUAUUAAUCAUUUUAUCCCAACAGUUCUUCUGUAUUCGUUUCAUCCACAAAAUGUUAAAAAAUAGAAGUUAUUAAGUCUGUAAAAUAUUGAGCUGUAACUUGAGGACAGGGGACUUGGAGUUAAAGAUAGGCAUUAAAUGAAGAAAAAAUAAUGAGCUUAGACUUUAUUUCUGCUAUUAGAUGAAAAGAUUAAUAAUGCAAUUUACCAUUUUGGUCCGCUGUGAGAGCUUUGACAGGUUUUUUUGUUGGUGUUUUUUUUUAUUGAAUUAGUGAUUAGAGUUAAAUCGUGUUGGUAACACUUUACAGUAAGGGUCCCUCUAUAAAAUGUUACUUAGGCCAUUAUUAAGCAUCAGUAAACUAUUAAAGAAGAAGAAAAUAUAAUUUCUAUAGCAUCUCUCAAGAUAAAAAUCAUGAGGUGCUUCACAAAAACAAAAAAUGUAAAAAUAUAAAAAAGAAUUAAGAAAAUGGUUAAAAUAUAUUUAAAAUGAGCAAAAAAUAGACAAUUGUGGAAAAAAAUGUAAAGAAAGAGAGAGAGUGACUAGGAAAGAGGCAAAUCAGUGGAUCCUGAGGAAGGUUGAAUAGGUGGGGAGAGCAGAAUAAAGAGAGUGGUGAAGAAGAUCAUACAAAAGCCAGCCUGAACAAGUGAGUCUUCAGCUGUUUUUUAAAGGAGUCCACUAAGUCCACUGAUCUCAGGCUCGGGGGAGAGAGUUCCAGAGUCUGGGGGCCACAGCAGCAAAUGAUCUGUCACCUUUGGUCUUUAGCCUGGUGCAUUGCACAACUAGUAGGCUUUGAUCACUGGACCUCAGGGACCUGCUGGUGGUGUAGGGACUAAGAAGAUCACCAAUGUAAGAUGGUGCUUGUCCAUGUAAGGCCCUAUAGACCAGAACCAGGAUCUUGAAAUGAACCCUGACAUUGACUGGAAGCCAAUGAAGCUGGAGGAGAAGCCGGUUGAUGUGGGUGUGUUUGGAGGACUUGGUCAGAAGCCGAGCACAGGCAUUCUGAACCACCUGUAGACGUUUUAGGGAGGUUUUGCUCAGACACUUGAAAAGACAGUUACAGCUUUGCAAUGUUCCUGAGAUGGAAGAAGGAUGAGCGAACAAGAGAACUGACAUGAGAAUCCAGGGUGAGAGCUGGGUCAAAGGUCACACCAAGAUUCCUGACGGAAGGUUUGGUGUGAGAAGCAAGCUGACCAAGAGAGUCUCUGACUUUGGGAACCAGCUUGUCUGGGGCACAGAUGAGGAUCUCAGUCUUAUCUUCAUUCAGCUGUAGAAAGCUCCCAGCCAUCCAGGUUUUAAUAGAGUCUUAGCAGGUGUGUAACAGCUGCAGCUUAGACAUCUCAUGGGGCUUAAAGGAGAUGUACAGUUGGAUGUCAUCUGCAUAAAGAUGGUAGGAGAUUCCUUUGAAGGAGCUCAGGAUGUGCUGAAGAGGAAGCAGAUAGAGGAGGAAGAGCAGAGGCCCCAGCACAGAACCUUGUGGGACACCAUGGGUAAGAGAGGUGGCGGAGGACCUAAACUUGGAGACGGCCACAGAAAAGGAGCGCUCAGAGAGAUAAGAGGAGAACCACUCGAGAGCAGAUCCUGAUAGCCCUACCCAGUCUCUCAGCCUCUCCAGUAGCAGGUGAUGGUCAACAGUGUCAAAGGCUGCAGUCAGGUCCAGCAGGACCAGAACAGAACAGUCCCAUGCAUCACUGUGAGUCAGAAGGUCAUUAGAGACCCUAAGAAGAGCUGUUUCAGUGGAAUGAGCUCUACGAAAACUUGACUGGAAGCUAUCAUAGAUGUUAUGUUCAUCAAGAGCAGUUGUGAGUUGUUUAGCCACAACCUUUUCCAAGAUCUUGGAGAUGAAUGGAAGUUUAGAGAUGGGUCUGAAGCUGCUAUGGAGAGAGGGGUCGAGACUCGGUUUUUUAAGAAGCGGGUGGAUUACAGCAUUCUUAAUGUAAGCAGGGACCUGACUAGGGGUUGUAUGAACUAGUCGACUAGUUGACUUCACGGCUCUGUAGUGACUUUUUAUGCCUGUCAUAGACUAGUCGCUGUCACGUGAUAAUGAGUGGCAAGAUGCAGCCCUCGGAAAAGACAGCAGGUGAUGAGCACCUGCGUCGGGAGGCGGAGGCGACGCACUGUGCCAGAGCGUCGGUACUGACACCGGCGGUAAAACGGACAUUUAACCAAACUGUGACCUUUUCCCUCUUGCAAUUUUACCUUCACCUCACCCCCAUCCUAAUCUUAACCAGUUUGUGCAUGCAAAGCUCUGAUCGUUGACGCGUUCCAGACAUCUGCGUCCUGAGCACCGCCAAAUCAGGUGUCACCACCUCAAAAACAAAUUAAACACGUAAUCGUUCAUGUCGGCUCAUUUCCUUUACUGUUUUCUGUCUGUUAUUUGUGCCUGAUGCGUUUCGCUGCUGCGGAGCGAGGCGCAUCACCUGUUUUGUUCUCCGGUGACGCACCCUCAAAAUUCCACUAUCUCCGCUCCGCUCCGGCACGAACUCCGCAGCAAAAAUGGUCCCGUUGUAGUCGGCCGGCGAGCAGCGGCACUCCGCUGUUUUUGCGGUCGGUAGAUCUUUUAGAACUGCAGUUCAAAGGUAACUCAUAAGGUGAAUAUAAAUUAACCCAGAUAGCAGUUUUUCUUUAGGAUUGAGAGGAGAUGCAGGAAGAUAAUAAACAGAAAGGACAGAAAAAUAGUCAAAUAAAAACAAGUUUGUUUUUGUACCGAUUGGUUGCAACAAACAAACACCAUUGAAGGUAAUCAGAAGUGAGGAACAGAAAAUGAAAUAAUUAUUUUAAUGUUUAGAGCAGCAGGAAAGGCUGCAGGCGCAUCAGUGAGUUUGCGGCUGCUGCGCAGGGGGAGGUGGGAGAGGGCUGAAGUAGGAUGUAGAAACUACCGUUGUUAAAAGAGAUGUGUUAACUUAGAAAAUGUGGAUGCAAUUUUACUUGUCAAAAACUCCAGCGAACCUACCGAACCCCCCCCCGUCCCCCCCCCCCCCCCGUGCCGCUUCAGGUGUAUGACGUCUUCAACGACUAGUCGAAGUCGACUCGAUUUUCAUUACUUGACGGUCGACUUUAAAAAAAAAUUAAGUCAUGCAACCCCUAGACCUGGCCAGAAACCAGAGAAGCAUUAAUUAUAGAGAGCACGCUGGGACUGACGGACUGGAAAGCACUUUUAAACAAAGAUGAGGGUAAGAUGUUGAGGGGGGAUGCAGAGGUCUUCAUAGAGUAAACAGCUAGAGUUAGUGGAAGUAAAUUAGCAGGGUUAGAUCCACGGUGUUUAUAAAAACCACUUAUGGAGGGAACAGGAGAAGAAACCAUUAAGGAAUGAGGAUAAACCGACCUUAAAAAACUUGGACGGAGAAACCGCGCUGCAACGCAGCCUGGCAGGAAUGCAGAAGUGGCACUCAAGUCGCCAAACAGAGCACAUGAAGCUUGAAGAUCACGGCGAUGUUUACUAGAUAAACCACACUUUAAGAGAAAUCUUAUUCUCUACUGGAUUCCUGCUCGUUUAACUCUUUUCCCCCAAUGUUUUCCGGGACCGGAUAAACGUUGCUGGAGGCACGCUGGUUGGGAUCGUCAUUUGGCUCCGGGCCAGUGCGCCACUCAGAUAAACUAACAGGGAGGUACGUCCUCGGUGCAUCUUGGGCGAUCGCGAACGAACGGAAGGACAAAAGAGCUGGCGAUCUUAGGAGAUGGUAGCAGGGACACUACUAAUGAGGAUUGCAGACAGGAGCAAGGUGGAAAAGAGGAGGUUAGUGGAGAAAAGUUUGAAAAAGUGGCCGGUGACUGCAGCUAAUCCAAGCACAGGUGCCAUCUUGUUACCGACCGGAAGCGGAAGUAAAGUAAUAACUGCUUAAUAUUAAUGUUACUAUUAUGUAAUGUAUUACUAAGCAGACAUCCUCCCGACCCUUUGUCCUAACCUUAAGGACACUUAAUAGUUGACAAUAUUGUGAACGUUAAUAAAGGGACCCAUUUGCUGUCACGAACAUCGGAGGGACUUGUUACAGCCUGGCAGCAGUAGCUCAGGAAGUAGAGCUUGUUGUCCAGUGUUCGGAAGGUUGCAGGUUCAAUCCUGCUAGAGAAUGCUGCUGUUGUGUCCUUGGGCAAGACGCUUAACCCACCUUCCCUGCUGGUGGUGGUUGGAGGGACCGGUAGCGCCAGUUUUCAGCAGGCCUCACCACUGUCAGUGUGUCCCAGGGCAGCUGUGGCUACAUGUGGCCACCAGUGUAUGAAUGUGUAUGUGAAUGGGUGGAUGACUGAUUGUGUUGUGAAGCGCCUUGGGGGGUUGUAGAACCCGGUUCUAUACAAAUACAGGCUAUUUACCCCACCCCCCCACCCCCCUCCCUCCCACUGCUCUCACUAUUCUGCUUACUUCAAUAAACUGACUCUUUUUAACAGCUCUUUGAGGUAAACAUUCAACUAAUGAACGGUUCCCUUCAAAGAGCCACAAGCCCCAUCACUAAUAAUAAUACACUAAGUAACAUUAAUAAAAGGACCAUCAUUGUCAAGUGUUACUUUUGUAUAAUAUAUAUUCUUGCUAUUGAAUGAUGAAGGACAGCAAGCAGAGGACAAACAUUUCUACAAACACCUUCAGUCUGUUUCCAUCUGUUUCAUUUCUGUUGGUGAAAUGUUGGUUUCACCAACUGUCCUUUUUGUUUUUAAUAAGUUGUGUUCAUCUUUUGUCAAUGUUUGUGCUGUUGAGCUGCUUUCUUUCAUUGUUGUCCCCAAUCAUAAGUUAAUAAAACAUCCACAAACCACCUCAUAUUUAUUUGUUUGUGUUCUUUUUGUAUUUUUUGGAAAGCCUAAACUUGUCCUUCCUUAUGCAGUUUUAAAUAAUACAUAGACUUUAAACUUUAAUAAUCAGAUUUUUUUUUAAAUCUUUGUAGCUGUGCUUAUGGACACGAGUUAUGCAUUUUUUAUUUUUGUUGUGUCACCUGGAUUGAUUUUUAACCCUCUCAGGCUCAAAAUAAGUAUUGAUAAAAGGACGAACAACUAAUUCCUUCAGGGAUACUUCUGAGUUAAACAAUGCUCAUGAAAUACGGUUGUGGAGUUACCAGGUAGGUAGGUUUUAACGUUGCAAAUCUGCAAUGCAUGCCUCCAGAGGGUUAAAUCAAUCUGAAGCUUUGUUGAUGUCUUAUUGUUUGAAUGCUGUAAAGCAUUCACACACAUACAUACAAACAUUAUUUGAAAUUUAAAAAGGUCAUGGGACAUUGGACGUCAUCAUAUUGAGGCAGAUUCCUGUCAUCUGUUACCAUGGCAACACAGGCGCAUAAGGAUUACCCCAAACAAUUCUCAUUGAAAUGAAUGUAAAACGCCUAAUACUGAUCCAUGCUUUCGUUCUUUUUUAAACACAGAAACAGUUUUGUUUACCUGUUUGUAGCUACGGUUUCGCCGACAGCUGCCGGCUUCUUCAGGCUGAUGCUGAUGGUGGCGCGUCACUUCCUUCUCCGUUUAUCUGCGGGCAGCAGAGGACGUUGUCGCCCUCUACUGCCCGCUCUCCCCUCUCCGACGAUGCAGUCCCAUGCGUGGUCCAGCGUGUAAACUCCGUCGUCCCUGUUCAUGGUCCCACAUCCACGUCUCCUUAUCUCGAUUGCUUCCUUGAUCCAUCUUUUGUAUUUUUGUUGUUCGGUGGUUAUGAUCCGUGUGCUGUCCCAGUCCAUUAUAUGGUUUUCUCUUAAGCAAUGAUCUGUUACGGCUGACUUUUUUAUUGUACUUUCUGCUUCUUCUUUUGCUGCUCUUGUGUGUUUACAAUUUGCCUCUUUCUCGCACUCCUUUCUGUGUUCUAUUGUCCGUGUAUUGAGUUGGCGGACAGUAGAGGGCGACAACGUCCUCUGCUGCCCGCAGAUAAACGGAGAAGGAAGUGACGCGCCACCAUCAGCGUCAGCCUGAAGAAGCCGGCAGCUGUCGGCGAAACCGUAGCUACAAACAGGUAAACAAAACUGUUUCUGUGUUUAAAAAAGAACGAAAGCAUGGAUUUACAAAGACACAGCAAGAACACACCUAAGAUGUUCAAAGAGAAAUACGGACAACAAGGAACGAAGGACUUCCGCCGUUUGGAACGAUUACAUCAGAAACGCGCACGUCUAAGAAACCGCCUUCGCUUCUGUUUAAGAUGCCGGGACGAAAACAUCACACCCACAAGCCUACAGCUGAAAACAUCGAUCCGGACCCAGACAGCACAAAAUAUAAUAGAAAGAGCACAGAGAGCACUGCUCAAGGAGAGGAUAAGGAACGUCAUAACCAAACAGAGGCGUGUGGAGGAUGAACUGGAAAGAGGACACCUGGACUUGAAAAGGAAUUACAAACUUGAUAAACAAAUGGAGGAACUAAUUAAAGGACACAUGAUGGAAAAACAGGAACAAGAGUUCAUAAAAGUGAAAGAAAGACACAUAAAGAAGUUAAACAGACUCAUAAACAAGAAAAAGAGGGGAGAAAUACAAGGCAACUCCACACCAAACUCAUGGGUAUGUAACAUUUCACAAUACAAACUAACAGAAGCAGAAGAGAGCAUAUUAAAGAAAGGUUUAAACUUUGCAGUCACACCAAAAGAAAUACCAUAUGAUGAAUUUAUUGUAGCAACAGAACUAGCAUGUCAACAGAUCACAGAUGAGGGAAAGAAAGCAGAACUCAGAAAUAACGUAGUUGG